GAAACGUCCGUCCCAGAACUCCUCCCUCUCUUUUUCCGCGUGUAGCGGUUCAUAGAUGGCUUCACGUAAAGAGUCCAGCUCUGUAUCCAGCACGGCGAUGGCUUCUACCGGCGGCACCUUGGACUCCCCCGUCAAGCAGAUCCAGAUUGAGGGGCUGGUGGUGCUGAAGAUUAUCAAGCACUACCAGGAAGAGGGCCAGGGCAGCGAGGUGGUUCAGGGCGUCCUGCUGGGUCUGGUAGUCGACGACCGGCUGGAGAUCACCAACUGCUUCCCCUUCCCCCAGCACACCGAGGACGAUGCAGACUUCGACGAAGUCCAGUACCAGAUGGAGAUGAUGCGUUCUCUGCGUCACGUCAACAUUGACCAUCUGCAUGUGGGCUGGUACCAAUCCACCUACUAUGGCUCCUUUGUCAGCCGAGCGCUGCUUGACUCUCAGUUCAGCUACCAACACGCCAUUGAAGAGUCAGUCGUACUCAUCUAUGGUUUUCUUCUUUUUUUUUCCCAUCUCUUUCCCAUUCUAGAUCCCAUAAAGACGGCCCAAGGCUCCCUGUCUCUCAAAGCCUACAGGCUUACUCCAAAACUCAUGGAGAUCUGCAAAGAGAAAGAUUUCACACCUGAGGGCCUGAAGAAAGCCAACAUUGGCUUUGAGCAUAUGUUCGAGGAGGUGCCCAUCGUCAUCAAAAACUCCCACCUCAUCAGUGUCCUGAUGUGGGAGCUGGAGGACAAGUCCACGGUCGCCGACAAGCAUGAACUGCUCAACCUCUCAAGCAGCAACCACUUGGAGAAGAGCCUUCAGCUUCUGAUGGACAGAGUGGAUGACAUGAGCCAAGACAUUGUCAAAUACAACACCUACAGCCGCAACCUGAGUAAGCAACAGCAGCAGAAGCACCAGUACCUCCAGAGGCGGCAGCAGGAGAACGCCCAGCGGCAGAGCAGAGGAGAGCCGCCGCUGCCUGAGGAGGACAUCACCAAAAUGUUCAAGCCCCCCCAGCCGCCACCACGCAUGGACACGCUGCUUAUUGCAGGGCAAAUUAACAACUACUGCCAGAAUGUGAAGGAGUUCACCUCGCAGAACCUCGGGAAGCUGUUCAUGGCGGAGGCGCUCCAAGGCCACAACUAGACCAGAUACAAUAGAGUGAAACAAUCUGCGAAAAGCAGGAAGUGCGCAGAGCGAGGGUAGCAGAAGAGGCAACGGGAUGCAAACCAACUUGGCGACGACUGGGGGGGCAUCUGCCAUCAUUUGUUUUCUAACAGUUCAUUUGUUUUUAUGCCUAAUUCCAACUUGGAUACAAAAUUGUCUUUAAUUAUCAUUUAAAUAAAAAAGUCUUGCAUCUCCA